AAUGUAUCCAUUGAUACAACCUAGAGUUGAGAGGAAACUUGUUUAGAUGAACUUGGGGUAUUGGGGAGAAAGAUUGGUCACUGGGAAAGGAAUGCAUUCAAUCAGGAACUUCUUCUGUGGCCGCUGGUCAUGUGACGUGCGUCUGGACGGUCAGACUGUCAUAAUCACAGGAGCUAACACUGGAAUCGGCAAAGAGACAGCCAGGGACCUGGCCAAGAGAGGUGCUCGCAUCAUCAUGGCGUGUAGAGACAUGGAGAAGGCGGAGGGCGCCAGGAAAGAGAUCACAGAAGAUUGUGGAAAUGAAAACAUUGUCGUUCACAAACUGGAUCUGUCUGACACCAAGUCUAUCAAAGAGUUCGCUGAGCUGGUUAACAAGGAGGAGAAGCAAGUCAAUAUCCUGAUCAACAACGCUGGCAUCAUGAUGUGUCCCUACUCUAAGACCAAGGACGGCUUUGAGAUGCAGUUUGGAGUCAACCACCUGGGUCACUUCCUGUUGACCUACCUGUUGGUGGACCUGAUCAAGUGCUCGGCGCCAGCCCGCAUCGUUAACGUGUCGUCAGUGGCUCACACCUGGACCAGCAUGAGACUGGAUGACAUCAACAGUGAGAAGAGCUACGACCAGGUCAAGGCCUAUGGACAGAGCAAACUGGCCAAUGUCCUCUGCACACGUUCACUGGCAAAACGACUGCAGGGCACUGGUGUGAGUGUGUUCUCCCUCCACCCGGGUGUGGUCCAGUCAGAACUAUGGAGACACCUGAACAAUCGUGUCCAGGUAGCGGUCAAGGUGUUCCGGCCAUUCACUAAGUCCUCUGUCGAGGGAGCUCAGACCUCCAUAUACUGUGCUGUGGAGCCAGGACUGGAGAAGGAGAGUGGAGGAUACUACAGCGACUGUGCGCCUGCAAGGUGUUCCAGGACAGCUUCGGAUGACGACUUGGCCCAGAAACUGUGGGAGCUGAGCUGCAAGAUGCUGGCCAUCACCUGGGAGUGAACACAAGACACUAGGCUGCAUCUCAAAUGGCCCCCUAGUCCUCAUGUAGUGCACUGAAUACAUUGUGGAUAUAGUGCACGACGUGGCUUUGGCCAACAGUAGUGCACUGUAUAGGCAAAAAUGCUAUUUGAUAUUUGCCCAGAUUUUUUUUACAGUUAUUCUAUUCUCACUAUGUAGAUUGCAAUAUGUUUAAAGCAUUACUACUACAGUUGAAGUUCAUACACUUAGGUUGGAGUCAUUAAAACUUGUUUUUCAACCACUCCACAAAUUUAUUGUUAACGAACUAAGGUUUUGGCAAGUCGGUUAGGACAUCUACUUUGCGCAUGACACAAGUACAUUUUACAGCAGUUGUUUACAGAUUAUUUCACUUGUAAUUAACUGUAUCACAAUUCCAGUGGGUCAGAAGUUUACAUACACUAAGUUGACUCGGCCUUUAAACAGCUUAAAAAAUUCCAGAAAAUGUCAUGGCUUUAGAAGCUUCUGAUAGGCUAAUUGACAUAAUUUGAGUCAAUUGGAGGUGUACCUGUGGAUAUAUUUCAAGGCCUACCUUCAAACUCAGUGCCUCUUUGCUUGACAUCAUAUGAAAAUCAAAAGAAAUCAGCCAAGACCUCAGAAUAGAAAUUGUAGACCUCCACAAGUCUUGUUCAUCCCUGGGAGCAAUUUCCAAACGCCUGAAGGUACCACGUUCAUCUGUACAAACAAUAGUACGCAAGUAUAAACACAAUGGGACCAUGCAACCAUCAUACCGCUCAGCAAGGAGACGCGUUCUGUCUCCUAGAGAUGAACGUACUUUGGUGCAAAUCAAUCCCAGAACAACAGCAAAGGACCUUGUGAAGAUGCUAGAGGAAACAGGUACAAAAGUAUCUAUAUCCACAGUAAAACGAGUCCUAUAUUGACAUAACCUGAAAGGCGGGUCAGAAAGGUAGAAGCCACUGCCCCAAAACCGCCAUAAAAAAAGCCAGACUACGGUUUGCAACUGCACAAGGGGACAAAGAUCAUACUUUUUGGAGAAAUGUCCUCUGGUCUGAUGGGAAAAAAAUAGAACUGUUUGGCCAUAAUGACCAUCGUUAUGCUUGGAGGAAAAAGGGGGAGACUUGCAAGCUGAAGAACACCAUCCCAACCGUGAAGCACGGUGGUGGCAGCAUCAUUUUGUAGGGGUGCUUUGCUGCAGGAGGGACUGGUGCACUUCACACAAUAUAGAUGGAAUCAUGAGGCACAAAAAUUAUGUGGAUAUAUUGAAGCAAUAUCUCAAGACAUCAGUUAGGAAGUUAAAGCUUGGUCGCAAAUGGGUCUUCCAAAUGGACAAUGACCCCAAGCAUACUUCCACAGUUGUGGCAAAAUGCCUUAAUGACAACCAAGUUAAGGUAUUGGAGUGGCUAUCACAAAGCCCUGACCUCAAUCCGAUAGAAAAUUUGUGGGCAGAACUGAAAAAGUGUGUGCGAGCAAGGAGGCCUACAAACCUGACUGAGUUACAACAGCUCUGUCAGGGGGAAUGGGCCAAAAUUCACCCAACUUACUGUGGGAAGCUUGUGGAAGGCUACCCGAAAUGUUUGACCCAAGUUAAACAAUCUAAAGGCAAUGCUACCAAAUACUAAUUGAGUGUAUGUAAACUUCUGACCCACUGGGAAUGUGAUGAAAGAAAUAAAAGCUGAAAGAAAUAAUUAUCUACUAUUAUUCUGACAUGUCACAUUCUUAAAAUAAAGUGGUGAUCCUAACUGACCUAAGACGGGGAACUUUUUACUAGGAUAAAUGUCAGGAAUUGUGAAAAACGGAGUUUAAAUGUAUUUGGCUAAGGUGUAUGUAAACUUCCAACUUCAGCUGUGUAUGUAUGUGUGUGUGGGUGUUACUGUAGUUGUAUAUGAGUAAACGGACAGAAAAAUAGAUUUGUUGAGGACUGAAUAAAGACUGGUUGUGA